CGUUAUUCCGCCACGACUUAUGCGAGAUUCAGACAGCAAAAUACCGGCUGCAUCAUGUUGCAGUAUGUAGUGCGCUUUUCUGUAUCCUUCGGACUUCUUUCACUGCUCUGGCCAGGCUGCAUUUCGCGCUACUCAGACGACCCACAGACCAAUAAAACAAUUCUGUCACAGUCGUCGCUAGCCGAUAAAGAAACGACAGCCUGUCAGAUUCCGGACUGCAAGGAAAUAGCCGCAAAGUUUCUCACCCGGAUCGACACCGGUGUCAAUCCUUGCGACGAUUUCUACCAGUUCAGCUGCGGGAAAUGGAUCAAAGCCCAAAAACAAGCAACGAGCGAGGUCCUAAAACUGAACAACAAAACCCGAGCCAUCCUAAAAAAACUGUUGAAGGGAGACGUAACACCCGCGGGUCCAACAUUUGAAGCUGAGAAAAAGAUGAAAGAUCUGUACAAGCAGUGCCUCAACACAGGUGAGAUCGAAAAGCUACGAGGUACUCCGAUAAUCAAAAUCCUGAACGAAUUUAACGGCGGCUGGCCGAUGAUAUCACCCGACUGGGAUGCAUCCAAGUUCGACGUGUUCGAUGUGCUGGUUAAGAACCACUUCUUUGGCAACGAUCCCUUUUUCAUGGUUAGCAUUCUAUCUGAUGUGGAGCAGCCGACAAUCAACCGGGUUAUGUUGGAUGCCAUGAAACCAUUCGCUAACGCUGAUGUUCUGCUGGACCAAGACGAGGCCGAAUAUUUCACCGAACAGUAUGUCGAUGGCAUCACCAAUGCCACCAAAUUGUUAACACGCGACAAUAAAGGGUCGCACAACGUGACACUGCUAUCGCCCAACAUCACGGACAUUGUGCAGCUUGAGUUAUUUUUGGCGAAGGAAACGUUGACCGCCGUGGAGAAGGAAAAUGACACCAUCUACUUGAAUAAGUUCACCCUGAAGACGUUCAAGAAGCACUAUGAAUUUAAUUCCGGCAUCUUGCGCAACAUCACCGGGUAUCUGCAAGCGUACUUCGCCGUGGCCAACCGGUCAGAAGUUAUCACAGAUGACACUAUCAUCAUUGUGCCGACCUUGCGGUACUGGAAUAAACUAGACGAUAAACUGGCCGAGCUGGAGAAUCAGGGAGCGGAGGGUCGCCGCCGCAUGGCCAACUACAUCAGCUUCAAACUCAUCUACAGUGUAUUGCAGUAUCUGUCUAGUGAAUAUCGAGAUAUUGUUGAUAAUUCUCGCAUAAAUAUCGAGAGUAAAUGCUUGGAUGUCAUUAAGAACACCAUGCCACUAGCGCUGGGCGCAUUAUAUGUUCGAGAUAUUCUACCUAAAGAUCUGAAAGAAAAGGCAACGAUGAUGGUCAACGACAUUCAUGCCGGUUUUAAAGAGCUCCUUGAUGAAGCGACGUGGAUGGACAAAGCAACGUACGAUGGAGCCAUAAAGAAACUGACGGCCAUUCAGGAGAUCGUAGCGUAUCCGGAUAUCAUGCUGUCAAAUACGUCGGCUGUCGAUGCGCAUUUCACCACUAUGACGAUCCAAACAACCUUCUUGCGCAGCAUCCUGCAGACGCAGAAAAACAAUCUCGUCCGCGACCUGCAGUCCAUCACACAGCAACAUAUUCGCUAUGAUCCGCUGGCGAGCACCGACGAUAUCACUGAAAUUAACGCGUACUACUCAAAAACGCAGAACCAGCUGACCAUCUUGGCGGGCAUUCUGGACAUUCCCUUCUUCAAGGCAGAAGCACCGCACUACCUAAAUUACGGCGGCAUUGGCUUUUUGGUCGGACACGAAUUGACGCAUGGGUUUGAUAACACCGGGGCCAGUUUCGAUCCCGAGGGAGCGCGCCGUCUGUGGUGGACUAAGAAGACGGGGGAAGAAUACGAGCGCCGCGCCAAAAACAUCGUUCAACAGUAUGACAAGUACACAAUGCCCACGGGAAAGGUCAACGGGGAACAGACAUUAGAUGAAAAUAUUGCCGAUAACGGUGGACUCCGAGCAGCGCUUAAAGGAUACACCCGUUACUUGGCACGGCCCGAUACGAAGCAGCCCGUGCCGUCGGGUUUGGAGAACUACACACCUAUGCAACUAUUUUUCAUUUCUGUUGCGCAGGUGUUUUGCUCCAAGACCUCUCCCAACAGUGAGCGACUCCAACUGCUGACCUCUAUCCACGCGCCUAAUAAGUGGCGCAUUAACGGUGCCAUGGCCAAUGUGCCGGAAUUUUCGCAAAGCUUUAAUUGUUCGCUGGGAAGUAAAAUGAAUCCCGAAAUAAAAAAUCGUGUAUGGUAAUGUGGUUUUCUUUUAACCGUGUUGACGCACCCAAUAUUCCGUUAGUGUCGCUGCUACGGUAUAACGGCCCUCAAACUGGAAGACAAACGGCAGUAAAAAAUCAGUGGUAAAUGAUUGGUAAAAAAUUCUCCAUCGUUGUUUUAUGUUGUUAGAGAAAUGUUCAAUUUCUUAUAAAGUUGUUAUGCCGUGUU